AUGAAAAAAUUCGAAUGGUGUUCUCUUUGUCAACAUAGAAGUGGUGAACGCCAAUGCCGAUAUAUUUUUGAGGAUCUACUAGAUAAAAAAUUUCCAUCACACAGGCUGAAUUUUUUGGAUAGAAUGCAACUCGAUGGGUAUAAUGAAGAACUACAACUAGCAUUCGAAUUCCAUGGUCGGCAAUACUAUAGUCUUAAUUCAAUGUUUCAUAGAAGAGACCAGAUAGAUUUGGAUGAACAGAGAAUGCGUGAUCAGAAGAAGCAGAAUAUAUGCAAGGAGCAAGAUAUAUGUUUUAUUGAAGUUCCCUAUACAGCUGAUCUUCUUUCCUAUAUCAGACAUACUCUAAUCAAAAAAGGGUUCUUGAAAGAGGCAAAGAAGUAA